GUUAGUCGGGUAGGUACUGUCGUGGGGGAGUUGCAAACCGAAAGACUCGAGAGAGAAAAAGAAAGAAACGAUGACGAAAGAAGGCGACAGUCGAAAAGCUUCGCCACUUCCCGGCUCCGCCGCUUGCGGUGUGGACGUGGCAAUGUCUGAAGCUUCUGGUGGAGCCGACGGCGGCGAAGGCGACGGAGAUGGAACCGGAGCCGGAAACGGAACCGGAGCCGGUGGCGGUGGCGCUUGCAGCCGAGUGAAGGGGCCUUGGUCGCCCCAAGAAGACGCGGUGCUGACCCGACUAGUGAGAGAGUUCGGCGCGAAGAAUUGGAGCCUGAUCGCCAGAGGAAUUCCCGGUCGGACCGGCAAGUCCUGCCGCCUCCGCUGGCAUAAUCAGCUCGACCCUUCCGUCAACCGCAGGCCCUUUUCCGAUGAGGAGGAUCGCAUCAUAAUGGCAGCACACUCUGUUCAUGGAAACAAAUGGGCAACAAUUGCAAAGUUCCUGACGGGUAGAACUGAUAAUGCGGUUAAGAACCACUGGAAUUCUAAACUGUCUCUCAAGAAACUUGCAAGUGGCAACAUGUCGGAAGAAGGCAGCCUAGAUGGAAAAAACGCAUCCCCAGAAGAAACCCUGGCAUGUGGAGAUUUGGAUUCAGACAAGUCCCCAGGUGAAAAAGUUAUGAAGCUGGAAGAAAAUAAACCCAGCCAAUCUGAAGUUGAAACUCAAAUGGAUAAGGAUCAUCCAACUGCUGAAACAGCGCAUCCUACAAUUUCUCGUCCAGUGGCACGCUAUGGAGCGUUCAGUUUUUAUAACCCUGCAAGUGCCCCGGAACGUGGUUCUAUAUUUUCAAGGACUGCUCCAACCCUGAGGCCAUUUACCCAAGCUGUAAUACCAGAUGAGAUUUCCAAAUUUCUUGAAGGUGCUUGUGGUGAUGAGCUCGUUGUUCCUUUGCUAUGUGGCCACGGCUGCUCUGCAGCUUUGAGUGCCGGCCCUCCUAAAAGAUCAUUGCUAGGGCCAGAGUUUGUUGACUAUGAGGAGCUUCCAUUCUCAAGUCCUGAGUUUGAUGCAAUUGCCACGGAUUUGAAUGGCAUUUCCUGCAUCAAAAGAGCUCUCGAGACCACCGGCACCGGGGCGGUGGACGAUACAGCUGGCCGGCGUGUCGCUCAGGGUGCUGCAGCGGGAACAGGUUUGUCUGAACAUUGCAUGAAUAAAAAUAUCUGUUUUGACGAGGCGUGGAACAGCCUGGUGGAAACAAUGACAGAAGCAAUGUCAGGGCAGGGGCCAACGCCAAGUUUUCCUUCGCCACCUGAAGUCGAAGGCUUGAGCUGAAACCGGCAAUUACUGCCCCAUCUUCCUUGGAGUUGUAGAGACAAAAGAGUUGUAGCAUAUAGAGUUGCAGCACUAAGCUAACUUUCGAAGACAAUGCGCGCGCGCCUUGCUGCUGAAAGGAUAAAUCAUCGAUCCGGCGACAGAUAUGACACCCAAAUGCUGAGUACAUUCUGUUUAUAAAACUAUUGUAGAUGCUUCUUCUUCUUCUUCGUCUUCUUCUUCUUCUUCUUCUUCAAGUUUAUGAUAUAUCCAUGCUAAAAACUCUUGUUAGAUCAGUAACCAACAUGUUGAUGCUUGGGCCAGUUUCUAUGUUUGAUGAUAUGGACAUCAUAUCAUAUAUAAAAGGUUGUAACUUUGCCGUUUUCCAACUAUA